AUGAGUAAUCAAACGGUAAUCUACACAGAAUUGAAUCUGGAGAAGAAGUCAGAAAGGCAGAAAAUUAAGGAUGCUAAUGCCUCCAUUUUGAAUACUGACCAAGAGCUAACUUAUGUGGAAUUAAACCUUCAUACUACAUCUCAGAAUCUUCAAAAUAAUGACAGAAAUCUCUUCUGUAAAGGGAAGCUCAUUGCUGGUGUCCUUGGAAUCAUCUGCAUUGUCUUGAUGACCAGUAUUUUAACCAUAACAAUUAUGUUUAUUAUUCCUUCUCAGAAAAUGCUGAAAAACAACAAUUCAGAAACAGCCACAACCCAACCAGCUUGUAGUUGUGGUCAAUGCCCAGAUGAUUGGUUUUACUAUUCUAACAACUGUUACUAUAUUAGUGAUGAAGAAAAAACCUGGAAUGUGAGUCGGAUAUCCUGUGCAUCUAAAAAUUCAAAUCUUCUUCAUAUAGAUAAUACAGAAGAGCAGAAUUUUAUAAUGUCCCUGUCAUCUUUAUCAUGGAUUGGACUCUUCCGUGAAAGCCAUCACCAUAUGUGGCACUGGAUAAAUGGGACAAAUUACACCACAAGAAUGUCAGAUCCAGGAAACAAUUCAUAUAACUGUGGUACAUUAACCUGGUAUGAUGUUCAACCAAACAGAUGUGGACUUAGUACAACAUAUAUUUGUAAGCGUAAGAUUUACAGGUACAAAAUUUGA